AUGAGAUUACCGCAUUCUUCUCGUAUGUCUAAGCGUGAAAUUCUAUAUGUCACAAGCUCUACCUUGCGGCAUGCAAUCAAUAACUGCCGAAAGAUUCGAAGACGGUCAAUAGUUAAGAUAGCGACAUGUAUAAGUUUUCUUGCAGCCACGAUAUUUAUAUUAAUAGUAUGGCUGGAAAGAGAAGCAAAACUGAAGGCUAUCACUUCGUUGGACCUGUUAUCACUAGAUGAUAAGUAUAGUCCACAGAUGUUACAUAUGGUUCCCAUGAGAGAGCGGGCUAUAGCAUCAUCGGUUGACAGCGUAUUUGAAUCUGGAUGCAGAGAUAUCAAAGAUGAAAUCGGUAAGCCGCGAGAAAAGGCUGCUAUGGUUGUUUUAGCAAGAAACUCAGAAUUAGACGGCGUACUUUCUUCCAUGAAGUCAUUAGAGAGGCACUUUAAUCAAUGGUUUAAUUAUCCUUGGGUGUUCUUAAAUGACGAAGAAUUUACGGAGGAAUUCAAAGUGGAGGUGGGUAAAAUUGCUAGCGGAAAAACAGAGUUUGGAAUAAUACCCGAACAUAAAUGGCAUAUGCCGUUUGAAAAAGAUGAUCCUGUUACAUUUGCAGAAGCUGUUGAGGAACAGGGUGAUCGAGGUAUUAUGUAUGGUAGUAUGCCAGCAUAUCAUCGCAUGUGUAGAUUUUACUCUGGGUACUUUUUUGAACACGAACUAGUCCAGAAAUACGAUUGGUAUUGGCGUGUCGAGCCAGACGUUGACUUCUACUGUGAUAUCACAUACGAUCCUUUUAGAGAAAUGAAGCUUCACAAUAAAAAGUAUGGCUUUACGAUCAUGAUCAAGGAGCUUAUUAACACUGUUCCAAAUCUUUUCAGAUACACACUGUCUUUUGCCAGAGAAAAUGAGAUGGAAUUUACUGAUUCAUGGUCUUUGUUUGCGAAAUCGUUUGGCCGGGUCAAGGGUACCAACGAAAAAGAUUAUAAGGAUAUAAAAGACAUGAAACAGUUCUGGAACCGCCUUCAACAACGUGUUCCUAUACUGGAUGCCGUCGAUUGGUCGACAGACUCGUCUGGGGAUGAUCUUAGUGAAUAUGGCUUCCAGUCACUGGUGAGUGCCGGUAAUUCAGCCAGCACAGAUAGAUCUAAGAUAGAUAUGUUUAAUAACAUGGAAUACUCUCUUUGUCACUUUUGGUCGAACUUUGAGAUAAGCAGGACUGAUCUAUUUCUGUCACCAGAGUAUAAGAAGUAUUUCGACUUCCUAGAGAAAUCAGGGGGGUUUUACAUGGAGAGAUGGGGUGAUGCUCCAAUUCAUUCAUUGGCGACAGGUCUCUUUUUAAGCCAAUCUGAGAUGCACUAUUUUCGUGAUAUUGGUUACAGACACUCUACGUUGGAGCACUGUCCGCUAAAUUCACCUUUCCAAAGGUCGUAUCGAGAAUCUAAAAACUACACGCAUGGAUAUACCCAAAAGGAAGAGCGGUACUGGCGUAAGUAUGAUGCUCCAGUUGCAAACUCCAGAGUUGGCACUGGCUGCAGAUGCAGAUGUCCGACAGGUUACUCUGAUAUAGAGAACUCUGGUAGUACCUGUAUACCCCUUUGGGCUCUGCUUUCGGAAAGCAAGAGGCAUCCUCGUGCAAAGCUAGAUCUUAACAAAAUUGAACAUGAAGCCGUUCAGAUGUAUAGAGCGUAUGUUAAGAAGAAUCCACAAAAGGGUGGCAGUUGGAAGUUAAGUGAAAAUGAUCGUCACAAGCUUGAAAAGUACGUUCUAAGCGGGUGA